AUGGAACAAUCAAAUUUUGAUGCAGGUGGAGGAAGUGAAUUAAUUUCCAUCCAAGAAUUAAUCAAGAAAAUUCAAAGCCUUCAUUCUCACUUUAAUGAUGAUCAUGAAUUGCAUCAUCCAUUCCGAAGUAUUUAUUUGUAUGGAUCGUCGGUUUAUGAAAAUAAGGCUUGCAAAUUGGUUCAUAAUAUUAGAGAUGAUGAUGAUGAUAGUGAAGGCUAUUUAAUGAUUAGGGAGGGAGUUGUGGUUGGUGAUUUGGAUAUCUUGUUGGUGAGGGAUGGAUUUCAUCAUUCUGGAUUGAAAGAUUUGAUUCAUGAGGAGGAUAGGGAUGAAAAGGAUGUUUUCUUUGAGCAGGAUAUUACGUUGCAUUUCAAGUUGAAAGGAUCUAAGGGAAAUUGGUAUGAUAUUGAGACGCAUAUUAUGUCAACGAGUAUAUUUAUGGAGACAAUUAGACAACAUAAGGGAAUUACAUGUCAAUAUGUGUUUAUGGAUAGGAAUGAGUUUGUGAUUUAUGAGGAUGAAUUGAUGGGAUGGUUUAGAUGUUUUUGGUUUAGGAAUUUUCAUUUUCACAGGAGAUUGUUUAGGAGAAUGAUUGUGAGAGAGGCUGAUGUGUGGUGCUACUCGAAAGCAAGAAGAUUAAUAACCAUUGAGAAAGAUUAUGAAAAGGGAAAGAAGAACCUCAUUCACGGUAUUAGAUAUUUUAGAUUGAGUAAUCAAAUUUUGGAAAAUUUAACAAUUAAUGAUUACACAGUUACCAAUGAUUUGAAGAAACAAGUACUUUCUCAAAAUUCAACAGAUUGGAAAUAUUGGGAAGAAAUGUUUGAGCCAAUGUAUUUAUCGGAAAGAGAUGAGUUCAAUAAGAAAGUAGACUUACAUAUUCAGGGUGGCCUCAAAGUUGCAUCAGAGUAUUCUGAGAAGGUGGGUGUAUCGACACUUUGUAAUAUAAUUGAAGAUCAUGGAUUACAAUAUCUUUCUUUGAAUUUUAGCACUGACAUUAUUCCACUUGCUAUUUUCGAUCAAAAUGGUGAAGAAUUGGAUCUUGUAAAAUAUCUUACAUGUGAAAGUUUAAUUAGAGUGUUGCUAAUGGGUGUAAAGUUGAACUCUGAAGAUUACAGACAUCAUAUAUUGAAACAAUUAUCAAAUCUAGAAUCUGACAUACGAGGAUACUCUAUUCUCUUCAAAAUAACUCAACUGGAAGAGAUGGAAAGAAUUGAUGAAACAAUCCCUAGAAAACCAUUGAGAGAAACUAAUGGUAUCGUGAUGUCUGCUACAGUGACUGAUUCGUUAGAAAUUACUUACAAACCAGUGGCUGUUCCUUUACCAAAAGUUUAUGAUGAAUUCAGGUGGUUGAAUACUAGCACCAAAAACAAGACUCAAUCGAGUCAACUAUCUUUAUUAGAAGUGGAUGAGAUAACAUCAAUAUCAAAAAAUUAUAGAGGUGAUACCUACAUUCUUUAUAAUUACUGUGGAAAAUGGAGAUGGUCUCACCCAAAUGAAGAUCUUCAAUACUUUACAAAACUAUCCAAUGUAAGACAUAGUUCAGGUAAUGAAAAGGAGCAGUUUUGCAGCUUGUUAUCUCCUGGAGCUAAUUUUGAAGAACUGAAUGCCAGACUUGAUAACCAUACAAAUAAGAAUUUCAUAUUUGUCAAACCAAUAUCAGAAAAUUAUUUAUCAUUAAUUGCUGUUCGAGACCUUACAAACAAUACUAUUUUAGAUUUGGAACCAUUCUCAAAUUUACUAUUUGAUUGCAAAUACAUUCAAAAAGAAAAUAUUGGAAUGUUAAAGAAAAAGGCCUUGGAAAUGAGUUCAGAUUUGCUUUACAAACUUCCUUACAAAUGCUCAUCUCAACAUGAGAAGGAUAUUGUCACAUUAUUGAAAUACCUUUACUAUCUUUCUAAUUCGUUGGGUUUUUGCUAUGAUGGAUUUAAUAUUAAUCUAAAGUUAAAAUCUGGUAGGUGA